AGAGCGAGAGAAGGGCAGACGAAGAGCGAUCUCUCCACAGGAACACUUUCACAGACAGACCAGACCAGACCUCAGUCAAAGACCAAGACCAAGAUGAAGACCGUGCUCAGCAUCACUUUCCUCGCCCUGGCUGUGAGCCUGCUCUGCGAUGCCGUCCAGGUCAAAGAAAGAGAGUUCACAUUCUCACUUGAGUCUGUGAGACAGCUUAAGGACCUGAUGGACAGCGACCUGGCGGGAAAGGAGAGCCCUCGCCUGGCCAAGACCAGUACUGCAAUCGUGUGCAAUGACCCUGACUUACCUGAGGAGUUCCUGCCCUUGUGUCAGAGCGAAGGAGCUGGCAUGUCCCUCGCCAGGCUGGCAUUUAUUGGCAACAACUACGAUGAAUGUGAGAUCUGCAUGUUUGCUGCCUGCACCGGUUGCUAAACCAAGGACCAGCAAGGAUCGGCAGGCGGAUCUCGAGUGAUUUCUGCAUUUCUGUAUUCUCUCAGUUACAUUUCGUUUCAGUCUUACUUGUUAUUAAGACCGCACAAUUCCUCCUCAAGUUCACUAUAUGGAAAAAGGCAGCUGGUGGCAGAGGGAAAAUAUGAUAUCUUCAAUCUUUCUAAAUAGGCUAAAUGAAAUAACAAUGCAUUAAAUAAUAACAGAAAAUAUGCGUACUACUACCACUAUUACGGCUAAUAAUAAUAUAAUGAAUAAUAAUGGAUUUGCCUAUUUCAUUUUGUUUUGCUGUGUGAUAUUUUCACAUUAUAUCAUGUGAACAACUACGUUGAAACUGUCACCUUGGCUUCAAAGCUUGCUAUUUAACCGCAAAAAGUUUUUAUUAUUAUUAUUUUAUUAUAUUUUCAUUAUGUUUAUCCUUGUUAUGUUACUGGUUCCAUUUAAGCCUUUUACUUAUUUAACAGAGUGACCUUUUUAUAAGAAUGUUUUUGUUGUUGAGCUAUACUUACAUAUGUAUUCAUUUUGGAGGUGUUUUUUUUUUCCAUUCAUAAAAACUGAAUAAAAGUUUUUCAUUCUUCA